AUGGGAGACAUAAGAGAAGCAGACCUGCUCCUUGAAGACGAGGAGUCGCUGUCCAAGCUAGAUGAUCAGAGAGCUGGUUGGAUGCCGCGAUGGCUUGUCACCCUGAUGUCAACCGCAGUGGUGGCGGUAUUCGUGGUAGUGGCAACGGUACGCGGCACGACCGGUAAAGGUAAGCCAGACAUGCUCUGUACGGCACGGAACUGUUAUUCGGCCUCGGAAGGACGCUUAGCCUUCCCACAGCUGUCGGAGUCGGACAUCCCAGAAGGGUCCUGCUCUAGACCUUCCACUUUCUGCAGCAGAGAUGAUGAUCACAUCGAGUAUCAUGAUUGUGACGGCGAUGAGAUCCUAGACCCAUUCUGCAAUAGCGCCGAGAAACUGAAAUUUGGCUUCCUGAGCUCUGCCAAUGGUUGUCGAAACAAUUGGCCAAACGGCUUGUGCCAGAAUCAGGAUGAGCCGAGUUACAUCGCCAGCUUACAUGUAGUCCCUAGCCCAUCAAACGAGAUCACCAUCAUUCAUUUCAAUGAUGUGUACCAACUAGCCGGUGUGUUUGAACAUGGCAUGCGCAAGGGGGGCAUGUCUCGAGCUGCCUACGUCAUCGAACAGGCGCGGAAACGGAAUCCUGAUCGGACAUUCGUGGUCUUCGCGGGCGACCUGCUUUCCCCUUCGGUCCUGAGCGACCUUUUCGAAGGGGAGCAAAUGGUCGACAUCCUGAACUUCCUCAAUCUUACUGCUGCCUCCUUGGGCAAUCACGAGUUCGAUUUUGGCGUCGAAACUCUCAGGAAAAGGAUUCAGGAGUCCAGGUUCGUGUGGUUGAAUACAAACCUGCUGGAUGAAGCCGGAACCCAGCACCACAAGAUCAUGGACAUCCCUUUCUCGCCACGCUGGUCGGAGGGUGGUGACGUGAAGACCACCCGCGUUUGCCUGUUUGGUGUGGCUUACGAUGUGCGAGAGACAAUGUUCAAGGACAGGCACAGGGUGAAUUAUGUGUUCCGGCUGCAACUUGACCAGACGCUCGUAGCACGCAGAGAUGUAAAAGCAGUGGAGUGGAUCGUGCAGGUAGAUUCCCUGGCCGCAGCUCAGAAGGAGGCCAAGAUUCUUCGAGAUGAGCACAAGUGCAACAUGCCUUUGUAA